GCUGACUGUCAUAUAACCACCUGUCAGGAUGAGUGAGGAAGAGCAGAGUAACGGCCCGCUGGCUGUCAGGAAACCGUCCCGUAUGCCCAAAUGCUCACGCUGCAGGAACCACGGCUUCGUGUCUCCGCUAAAGGGCCACAAACGCUUUUGCAACUGGAGAGACUGUCAGUGUCAAAAAUGCAGACUUAUCGCUGAAAGACAGCGGGUCAUGGCAGCCCAGGUGGCCUUACGGAGGCAGCAGGCCCAAGAGGAAGAGAUGGGCAUCUGCAGUCCGGUUAACCUGUCCGGUUCAGACACUAUGGUGAAGAACGAGGUCGUGGGUGAUGUGAAUGUGUUUACUAUCAGCUCAGGACCGCCAUCACCCACUAACAGCAGUAACACCGCAUCUCCAACCAACCUAGAGAGCCGUUCCAUGCUGACUCUAAGCUCUGCAGUGGCCAGCAGAGGGCACAAUGAGGGUCCUUCUGAGCUGAUGGUGGAUGCCUCCUAUUACAACCUCUACCAGCCCACACCGUACACGUCCUACUAUAGCAACCUGUACAACUACCAGCAAUACCAGAUGCCCAAUGGAAAUGGCCGCCUGUCCAGCCAUAAUGUGCCCCCACAGUACCGCACACACUCCUACUAUUCAUCUUACCUGAGUCAGGGGAUUGACACGGCUGCAUGUGUCGCACCCAACACCUGCCCUGAGCCCAAAGCAGCAGCUUACUCCAGUGGAGUUCAAGACAGCUCAAUGAUCAACACCGAGAACAAGCUGGAGUGUGAGAGCAGCUCAGAGUCUGGAACCUUCUCCGUCAACUCCGUCAUAGAUGGGGCAACCAAGUAAAACACCCUCACCUGCACCAAUCUCCCUUUUUUUUGCUGUUUUCUAAAAGUUUAGUGAUUCUCUAACCAAAUCCUACCUUAUUGUUCAACAUUUUAAUGUUAAUACUGAUCAGGUUGAUCAAUGUGGUGUUAAACUUUGUUGGGGUAAUUCUUUCAGAUUUUUAUAGAGGCAGAAAUCAGUUUCUCAGUGAUUAUCAGAAAUGCCGUUUACCAUGUUUCACACAGUUUGAUAGCUUCAGUUUAAUUUGAUUUUAAAACUAAAAUGAGUUACUUUUGCUUUCUAGCAGAAAGCCAUUGAAAGAAAUGGCAGAUCCAUUUAUUGUCACAUAUGGGUUCAAGCUCCGUAUUGCUGUCAUUGGCCUAAUGGAUAAUCUAACUUCCUUUCCAUGACCUUCAUGCUGUAAAGUAUAUGAGGGCUUCUCAAGCAUCUCCAUAGUGUUGUGCGGGACAGUUGGGUUAGAAGAGAUACUAUUCAAUUAUGCUUCAAUCUCACAGCGAACGGCUUGUUUAUUUAUGGCCAUCACUAAAGGGAAUCAUUUAACUUCCUGUGCAUGAUCCAGCUAAUGUGCAGUGCUCUUCUGAGCUUUCUUUGUAUAAAAUGAAUCUGUGCCCUUGAUUUUAAUGGUGUUGGCACAGAUCGUGUCCUCAGUCAAGUCCCAAAUAGAGGAGAAGAGGGACACACAACUUUGUCUAGGCUCUGUUUGUUACAGAUGUACAUUUAACUACAAAUGAUGUCAUUUUUCAGCAUCUUGAGCUGAUUGAAAUGAGCCAUAUGUGAAGCGUAAUCUGUUUUUUUACAUUUCCUUUUUAUAAUGCAUGGCCCUUUAAUAUGCUUCGACAAUCUUUUGCACUUAUUUACUUGCAUACAACUUAAUUGUAAUGGGUAACACAUUUUUUUUUUCUAAAAUGAAUGUAAAAUGUAAUUAUUUUUAAGCAUUUCCAUUUUGUGAUUUUGUUAAACUAACAGUUCUCAGUUUGAUUCGCGUGUUAAUUUGUUUUCCAGACGUAUAAAUUGACCCACUGUAUUUUGGUGUUGGUGUCUUCUGACACCAUGAUGUUACAGAUAUUUUUAUUAUUGUUAUGAUUAUAAAACGACGCAAAAGCUAAUUUGCAGUCGUUCUGUGUUUAUACACUCUCAUGUUCAGUGGAAAUAAAAUCAUUAUUGAUGAGA